AUGGGAAAUUGCAAAUCGUAUUCCGCGAACUUUAACGUUUAUAAAAACAACACAAACGAACUGUAUGAAAAUUUAAUAUGCCACUUUGUGAAACAGGAUAACCUUAGCUUCUGCCAGAAGGCCUUCGUCGUAUAUGAAUUCCAAAAGAGGAAGCCCGAAAGUAAGGAUGAGUGCGUGUACUACAUCGCGAAAUGCGCCCACAGGAAAAAGGUGAAAAAUGCAUUGGUAUACCUAAGCGAAGGAUACAACAUAGAGAUUCUUAAUUUUCUAUUGAAGCUAUUCAAGAAAAUGAACAAUGAGUACUAUAACAAUAGGACUAAUUUCUACUUCAGUAGUUAUUAUAAUUACUUUCUGAGAGAAGAGUCAAAAUUUGUCAACUUUUACGAACAAAUGAGCAUAAUACAGAGUAUCUAUAAUUUUGUGCGUCUAAAAUAUAUCCUUGAGAAUGUCUGUCUUCAUGUCUACUUUGAAGGUAUGGAUAAAUCCAGUGAUUUUUACCAAGUGAAUGACAACAUUGUGAAGAAAACUUUUCACAGCAAUGAAUUAGUGAAGGAAAAGACAAUUGAGUUAUUUCACCUGAAUAAGAAGCUACUUGGGAACGUAUCAACAGAAAGAAAAAAAAUGAAAUAUUUAGUAAAAAGGAGUUUUAUAAACGUCGAAGAUUUUUGUAGAAAGCACCUAAGCUGCAACGCAUUUGAUGACUUCAAAAUGGCGAAUGUUAUGUGUCUCUACAUUUUGAACAAUAAUUAUAAAAUUAAGUCAAUUCUGCAUAAUAUAUUUACCAUUUUGUUCUUUAUAAAUAAGUAUGCUUCUCUGUACGGGUCAGAAAAGGGGGACGGCCCAGAAAAAGGUCGUCAAAAUGAACAUGCCGGAGGAAAAAAACGCUUUGAUGAUAAGGUAAAGUACUCCUUGGAGCACAGAAACGUGUAUGCGACGUAUUUGUUCGUCUGCUUAUGCCUAAGCUUUGAUAAAAAAAUCGAAGAAGACGCCAUCUUUAAUGCGAACAUUAAUGUAAAUCAGAAGGACGUGACCUUCGUGAAAUAUGUCAACGAGUUUUUAGACAUUUGCACCUACUCACAGAAAAAAUUAAAUAAAUUUUUUUUACAGGAGAGUAAAGAAAAGAACAUAUAUCACUGUUCCUUGAGAGCUAUCAAAAAUGCGUACGUGAAUGAUAACCUUAUAAAUUCUCAUUACAUAUGCCAGAGAAGGUACAUAAAAAGUAUCUUAAAUGUUGGCAAUAGUAAUUAUUUUAUAAAAAACAAUAUGAUGGUUUUCUGUUUUAUUUUGUUUGAAAGUUCCCGCACCGCUCUUUUCCGCACAAGCAGCAGAAAGAGCAACCCAGAUCCCCAGGGUAACAAAUGGUUCUUCGAAAUUAAUAGAACUUUGUUCUGGAAGGGGAUCCACGCGUAUGAAGAAAAGGUAACGCUGCGCAGAAAACUCUGGCGAAAGGUGCUGAGGAGCAUAAAGUUCAGGCGCAGCAGUAAGAAUAGCCAUUACUACCAUGCGUAUGGUAGUGUCAAUGGCGAGGAGAACGACAACGAUAAGGAGCACCUUAAUGAGCACCAUAACGGCGAUAAGUCCGAAGCCAGAAGGACCCACUCGCUCAGCUCCGAAUUGAAAAGAACCGAUCACGUCCACUUUGACCUGAACAACGUAGCCCUUUUUAGAGUCGAUUUGUGCAACCUCAAUUUGGAAAGUGAAGAAAAUUUUCAGGACAACGUGCAGAAUUACGUAAAAUUGUAUACCAUCGAAAGGAGUAAUAACAACCAGCGCUAUGUGAGUAAAAAAAUUGAAAGUGACGAGGACCACGAGUUGCUACAGAUGAUGAAGGACAACAUCGUGCACAUAGUUAGCGUUUUAAAAACCAUGAAAAAUAAGGAGAUAUGCUAUAUAUCUCCCGCGAGUUAUUACGAUGAAUCGUAUGGUAAAAUAAAGAAGGAGAAGAGGACGUUCCCAAAUGGAAGUGAUACACGAGUGGAAAGCAAUGACAAUUCUAAUCGAUCCAAAAGUACAGAUAAAACUUUUAAAAAGGAAAGGGGGGAAGACACUAAUUUGCUGAGCAAAAAUUAUGUCAAUUUUGAAUCCCAAAAUUAUAUGAAUGAAGAAAAUAGCACUAGACAUUUGAAUGAGUCCGAGGAGGGGAAAAAGGGGCCCAUCGGUUUUACAACACAGAAUGAGCUGAAGAAACCGUUUUUCAUUGGCAUACACGACAUCUUCGUUCCGUUCGAAAUGGACAAACUGAUUCUGAGAGGGACCACUUUGAGCUGUGCACGGGAGGAAGUGAUUAAAAAGGAGAAGAAACUGUACGACCAAGUGGUUAGCCACGCCAGGGCUAUCACCAAGGGGUAUGAGCAUCGCGGAAAGGGAAGCGUAAAGGGAAGCGGAAAGGGGAGGAGAAAGCAAAGCGGAAAUUUGUCCCAGAAAAAAGAGGAGGUACUACUUGAAGAUGAUAAUUCAAAACGGGGAAAACGUUUCUCUUGCGGAAAGCUGCAAAACGGUAUGAACAAAAAGAGAGAAGGGGAGAUUUUCUACAUGCAAAAUUUCCAGUCCGAAAAGAAUACAAACUGUCCAAACUAUGGCGAUAAGUAUCAAGAGGCAAAAUUGUUAACUUCAUCGGAAGAGUUCACAAAUGGCAAAGGGGUGAAACCACUAUUGAAAAGCUACAGCUUUGCAGAUAAUUCCAAACACAUGAAAGUGGCAAUGAAGAAGUUCAGUCGCACGAUGAGGAAGAGUGGCGAGGUAGAGAUAACCAGGGAGAGCCCCAAUUGGGAUUUUUCGCCCCUCCAUGAGACCACACGAAUAGAGAAGGAUGCGAAAGGUGCCAAGUGCAAGAACCGUGUAGAGAAACAAAAGGGGGAUGAAAUUAAUAGGAAAAAGGAACAAGUGCAGAAGGAUGAUGUAGAAGAGGGAGAAAAUGAACAGAAUGAAGAAAAUGAAGAAGGACGUCAUUUGAGAAACCCCCCAAUUGACGUGCCAAACUAUGAAGAAGAAAUAUACCAGAAUGAUACCCCUGACCGUUUUAAAAUAUUUAUGCAACACAAAUCGGUAGGGGAAAUGAGCCCCUUUGUAAAUCACAGAUAUCUAAACAUCCAUUUUGAUAUGUUUAAAAUACACCGGGGGGAAAAGAAGUUACUCCUGAGUACCUAUGUGAGCACAGAAAAGGCGAUUCCCUACAGAAUUACACUGAACAGGAAUGAGCGAUUUGAAUAUAUGAUGGAUCUGCUAUUUCUGCAUUUAAAUUAUAAUAGGCUCUACUUUGUAUACAUUCCCCAGAAAUAUAUAUGGGGCAACAGCUGCUCCAGUGGUUCCAAGACGAAAAAGAACCCUUUUCUCAAUUUCAUGUCCUGCAGUUGCGAUAUAGUGCUAGAAAAUUUACGUAUAACCCCCGGUGAAAGUUUGAGAAAUUCCCCAGUGGAUGUGCACGUGCCUCCCUACUUCGAAAGGACCCAUUUUGUGGAGGUCAUUUUGCUUCUUCUGCUUGACGUGGUAAAGACGUACAGCAAAAUAAAAAAGCUGCAGUGCCAUUUUGACAACAAGUGUAAAGAAUUUAUAAAAAGUUUCUACCAUUACUAUGUUGAAAAAAUGAAGAAAAAAAACAGCAAUUUUUGUAAAGAGAAGAAAACGAAUAUUUUAGCAAUUACGAGCAGUUUUCUCAAAGAAACAUUCGCAAAAAACUCAGAUCAGGAGAGCGUGCUCAGUAACGAUUUAAACACUUCGUCGAUAAAGCGUCGCUCAAUUUUUAAUGAGAGAUACGCGGCCGGGAAAGAGGGGGGCAGUAAUGUGGAGGCCAAGUCGCAGAUCAUGAAUAUGUCUUCCACGCUCCAUUCGGAGCCCUGCAUGAGUAACGCGAAUGCGGGAAAGAAUGGCACCACCGGGAAGGAUGACAAUACUAGCUUGAGUGGCGGUAACAACUUCGGCGUCACGAUUGCUGAGGAACGGGAAAGCGCACUGAACAGUUGCCACGUGCACAGAGUCAACGUAGAAAAGAACCUCGACGUAGGAUACAAAUACAAAAAUAUAUACAUAAAAAUAAUUGACCUCAAGUUGUACGAGUUUAUCUCGGAUUAUGUGAAUUACAUAAGGGAAAACAGCAGCUACUAUUACCUGAUACCGUACUUAUUUGUGUACAAAUUCAGGGGUCUGUGCUUCCUGUGCAUCCCCGUAUGCAGCAACUUCUAUUUGAUUUUCCACCUUCUCUUUCUCCAUCUGCUCAAUUGCUCCGAUUUUUUUAACUACAAAAUAAGCUUCAGCAGAGGUACCAAUGAGGAGGAGCUUUCCAAAGGGAACUACAUCCACCACAGUAGUAACAAUUUUUUGUAUAUUAAUAACAUAAUAAGGAUAUUAAAUGUCCACAAGAGUAACAAAGCGUAUAUGAAGUACUGCUCCCUGGUGAAGGAGGCACAUAGCAGUAAUAGUAACAGUAAUAGUAAUAGCAUUUGUCACUACUACAAAUGGAAGAAGAAUAAAAUAAUCAUCGACAUUAGGAACUCUUUUUCGUCUCCGUAUUUUAUUCGCACGAAAAGUUUUAUCAGUUUUAUUGAGAGCACAAAUUUGCACGUAAGUCUGAAGAAGCUGUACCUGAACAACGAUUACAUGUUUUCUCUCAAACUGGACAAGAAGAAUAAGCCCCCGAACGAGUGCUAUUCCAACGCUAAUGAUAUAAUUUUUAUGUUUAGUCACUAUUUUAAUAUUUACACCUACUUUUAUGAUGAGAAGAAGAAUAACCCAAGUAAGGAGUUGUUUCACCACAACAGGUAUAUUAUCAUUCCCUAUUUCAAAGAUGUGUACAUACGGCGUGAUAAUUUACACAUUUAUUUGAAGAUGCUGGAAGAUGAGCACACGACAGAAGACACGUUUAGUAACAAGACCUGCUUGGAUGAAAAUGAGAGGAGUAGUGGCGAAAUGUACGAUAAGGUGCAGGGAAACGAUAAAGAGUUAAGCAAAGGAGAAGAGGAAAGGAAGGCAUAUAAAUACUCCUUUAUUUACAAUCUGUAUGAAAAGUAUGGAGAUAUUUUUAUAAAUUAUUUUUACCUUGUGUUGAAUAAACUACUACUAGAAAUAGUCAACGAAAUAAAAUUAAAUAAUUUUUUAAGCAUCCGAAAGUUUCUACAAUUAUUAAACAAGUAUGAAGUAAAUUUUGACAUCUUCUUCUGGGUUCUCUAUGACAAUUAUGUAAAUAUUUACAAAAAAUAUUGUGCUCAUGCGGAAUUGGUGAAAUUUUUUAAUACUAAUCGAAGUGAGACCUACGAUUUUGAUUAUUUAAAAAAAAUUAAAUACAAUUAUUGCAACAAGAAGAAAUUUUAUGUUAGAAGAAUUUUGCUAUUUUCAGUAUGUGUGUUGUUGGCCUUUAUUUGUAAACGCAUAUUAGAAUUCUUUGUGGGAAAUUUGAGCUUCCCGUACGAAAGCGUAUUCACUGCCAUUUGCCUCUUCUUCUUUUCAAGCAGAAAGCAGAGGGAGCCCAAUGAUAAUUUACACUUGAAUCUGCUCAAGUCGAUUUAUUUUAACUUAUUCUUGUCACUCAGUUUUGUCCUACAGUACAUUCCACUAACCGUUCAGUACUUAAAUUUGUUUAAAAUUAUAAGGAAGGUUAAAAAGUAUAAGAUUAUUCUUGCCUUUUGUUUAAACUAUAUUUGCGGAGUAAAUUUGCCCUUUUAUAUCUUCUACGACCUGCAGCAUAUGCCCCAGAAUUUGCUAAACGAGCUUUUCUCUCAAAACAGGGAAGACACGUUGAACUGCUCCUACAGCCACGUUCAAUUAAGUAACGUAAAAAAUACAAAUGAAUGUAAAGAUGAAACGUUUUAUGCUGAAAAGGGAAACUUAAAAGCGAGCGAAAAGGAACACCUCGAAUGGGUGGAUGAAAAUGGCGAUUAUAACAUUCCCGACGAUUCGUUACCUUUCUGCAAAAACAAGAAGAUGAAUAAGAGAAUUUUAAAGCGUUAUCGUUACAAGGGUCAGAAGAGACGAAGCCGGAAUCUUGUGCAUCUAAUGAUUAAAAUGCAUUUGAAUGCCGGUCCACGGACAUUUACAUUUCAUGAUUUUACCCAAGCGUCGGACAAUAUUCUCACGUACUUCUCCAAUAGGAACAUUCACCAUUUGAAGCAAGGCAGGACCUCCCAUGAUGAUUUGUUCGCCCUCAUAUAUUCUCACUUUCUUAACUUUCCGUUCCCAUUCUGUCACAGGGGAAAUUUCGGGUUAAGCGAACUUCAAACUGGACCACUUCAAACUGGACGAAGUGUAAAUUAUUCGAAUGGCGAAAUGGGGGACACAGAACUGGUAGCGACAAGUGAAUUAUUAAAUGUCACUAAAAAAGCGUCAUCCUUUUGUGAAAAUCAAAGGGACUAUUUAAAAGAGGCAGGUGUGGCGCUACACCGUUGUAACAUGUUCAGCCAGGGUGCCGAUUUUCCAUUCUUUGGGGUGGAUAAAUUAAUGGAAGAAAACAUUUUCCACGUCCUUCUGAACAUAACCGAAACGCAUUAUUCUCACCUACUGAUCAUUCUACCGAUAUUUAUGAAGGAGAACUUUAACCUCCUAACGUACGAUCUGAAAGUGUACCUAAUAAAUAUAUUUUUUUACAUAUUCAUUAGAACGGAUAAGUACAAAAUAUGCGACAUGAAUAAUAAAAAAAGACAAUUCACCAGAGCGGGUAAGAAUGGGCCUGUCAGACGGAAGAAAAAUGACAUGUUCCGCGUUAGCCGCAGGAACGAUAUGUCAGGCGAGACGAGCGCAAAGGAUUUUUUCCUCACCAACUCAUUGGAUUAUUCCACAAGGAACUACUUAGAAAUAAUAAGAAGAGAAGGAAGGUACGCCCCAAGUGAUAUCCCCAAUAUAGAUAAGUACCGAUAUGGAUGUAGAAAGGAAGCCGAAACGGGGAAUGACGAAACGGAGUACGAAACUGAAAAUAAAAGGGAGACAGAAAAUGAAGCAGAAACGGAAACCGAAACGGAUAGCGACGUGGACGGAGUGAACAAAUAUGCAAAGGAACAUGCAAUUUUUGAAAGGGAGGAAGGUUCGAUCGGUAAUAUGAAGGAAAAGGUUAAAAUGAUUCUGCUAGAUAAUGAUUACAACGUGUACUUAAUAGAAUUUUUCUUUAAAAUUGUCUUGAGGAUAAUUCCAUUUUUUAAACAGAAGAAGAAAAAUAAAAACCCAAGCUCAGCGAAAUCGACUAUUAUUUACAACGUUAAGAUAAUACUAAAUUUUUUUAGAUCAUUUCAGAACAUCAUUUUAUCGAUGAGAAAUAAUUUUUAUGUAUUUAUUUACUACUUUUUCAUAAAAGGUUAUAUAUCACUUAUUUUGUUGAACACGCAUAGAGCGCUGAAAUGUUUUAAGAAAGUUUUUGUCCUCGUCGUAUUCUUUUUUGGAAACCCCAUAAACUCCCUAAACAGUCACCCAUUCUUAGUAUACGUUACGUACAUUUUGUAUGUGCUAACAGUUCUAUCCAAGCUGAACGUGGUAAAUUUUCAUGAACAGGUAACGCAAGAGGGAAAGAGAAUUAUUAGAGAUGACGCGGAUGAAAAGAGUCCCACGGAUCAGAGUGAUAGCAUCAACAAUGAGGAGAAGUCAGGUAGUCACCCACAAGAGAAGAACGAAGGAGCGGAGCAGAACGAAGAAAUGGGGGAAGAAAGCAUGCCAUUGGGGGAAGACAAUGCUGCGGCCACCAACGCGUGGCUGAAACAAAAAUAUGAAGUAUGGAUGUACCUGGAAAUAAUUCGCACCAUUAAGAGAAAUUACGUAAAAUUUAACAACAACAUAUAUUUAGUUCCUUUGAAUUAUUUAUUUAUAAACAUGAAAAAACUUUUUAAGAAAUAUUCGGACGAAUUAAAAAGGGUUCACAAACUUCAAAAAACGGAUGAUAAGGAUGAAAUGGACAAAAAGUUAAAAAGAAAAAAGACAAGUUUACCGAAGAAAGAAAAGCUUGAGGAUAACUCCAUAUUAAAAGAAAUCAAUCUAGGAGACAGACUGGAAGAUAAGAGCUUGCUUAUAAACAUUAAUAACAGCUUUGUGUCAUUAUACCCGACAGUUAAAAAUGUGAGAGUUCCGAAGGUCUACCUGAAGGGAGGAAGCAUUGAUAAGUCAUUCCCAUCGACUGCAGAUUUUGUUAAAAGGACAAAUGUGUCUGAGGAGAACGUGGGCACUGAUGAGAAAAAUAGGAAAAAAAAAGAAAUCCAAGAUGUUGACGAAUCGAAGGAUGUGAAACGUGAUCACAAGGGAGGUGAAAAAGGAAUGGAAGCAGAUGUGGCACCAAAUGUUGCACAGAACGUAGCAUCAGACGUGGAACAGACUGUGGAACAAACUGUGGAAGAAGAGCCAAAUGUAAGGAAAAAGAAGGAAAAGAAAAAUACGCACAUGAAGGCGAGUGAUUUGCCAAGAGAUGGUUUGCCCCCGGAGAAGGAAGAGAACGUGAAGGACAAAUGCGCGAAAUCGCUUUGUUACGCCCGCGUUGACAAAAAGGAUACUAGCAACCUCUUAUUGUACAACCUAAUUUAUAUCAACAAAAUGAACAGAAAGUUGAACAAGUGCAAAUUUGUUUCCUUUAAUUUUAAGUACGACCAUUAUAAAAAAGUAAUAUCAGAUUAUAGGAAGUAUUACAAAAUAAUAUUAGAAACUUUUAAGAGGAAAUUGUGCGAAUAUUACUAUGCGUUCACUUUUGGAAAUAACGAGAAUGGAAGCCUUGCUAUUGGAACCCCGUCCUACCUAAAGUUGUCUCCAACUAUUGGUUCCAUGGGAUAUGAUAAAAACAAGAAAAGCGUAAAGAAGGGCACAGAUUUCUGGUUUACCAAUAAUUUGCAGCUAAUACCAAUUAAAGUAAAAAAAAUGUGCAUGAAUGAAGGUAUGAUUUCGAUAAUUGACAAGAAGCAUAACCUAUACAUUGGUGGUAAUAACACUUUUUUUGAAACUAGAAAUGAAUUAAAUUUUAAAGAGAAAAAUACGAAAUUAAAAAAUAACGAAAGAAGGAAGCUAAAAAAUAAUCCAAUAGGAAGUAAUGAAAAAAUAGAAAUUGACAAAUUCUUUACAAAUUUAAGAUUAAAAAAGAUGAAAAAACAAGAAAAGAAUUUUCUCGACUAUAAUAGUUCCUCAGACGACAGUGACAUUUUACUGUUUGGAAAUUCAUCCAGAUAUAAUGAAAUUACAAACUUCCUAAAGCCGAUGUUUCAUUGUGAGAAAUUAAUUGAUUGUUACAAAAGUGUGGAUCAUAAAAAUAGGAGCCUAUGCAACUGUAGCAUCUGUUGCGCGCCGUUAAAUGUUAUAUCAGAUAAGUUCAGCUCUUGCGAAAGUGACGUCUGCUCUUCGUUUGAUAGUGAAGAUAGUGACGUCACGUAUAUUAAAGUCACCGAUGCAGAUGAAAUAAACAAAAAUAUGAAUAUAAAUAUGCUGCUUAACAGUCAUACAGAUAAAUCCUUUUAUGUGAAAAGAAGAAAUUAUUAUUUAAAAAAAUUUUCCAUAGACAAUUUUAACAUUUAUAACUCAAUACUGUAUUCAUCGUCUUAUGCAAAUCAGUAUUUAGCGUAUGUUCUGCCCGACCAGAAAAGUUCCACGAAAUUAGUGAAGAGAUUUUUUAGACAAAUUUCUAAUGAAUAUUAUGGCGAAAGGGUUAGCAAUAAUUUAAAAUAUCAUCUAAAUGAAAUAUUGCUAGAUAGCAAUCUUAAUAACAACAAAUUCAUUUAUAAUUUUAUUCAUGAUAUAAAAACUAGAGUAAAAUUUAUUGAUAUUUACAAUGGUGCAGAUUUUGUCAUUUCCAUAAACAAUUUUGGUCAUGUGUAUUCAUGGGGAAACAAUAAAUAUGGAUGUUUAGGGACUGGCGAUAAGAUCAAUAGAUACGCACCUACGUUAAUUAACCCUUGCCAUUUUUUUUUGUAUGAUUUUGAAAAGUUACAGAUACACACAAAUUAUAAGACAGAAAUAAAAAUAAAGGAGUCAGAAAAGAUAAAUAGCAGGUGCUGUGAAAAUAUUUUGUACAAUUCGUUAAUCCUAGAAACAAUAAAAAAGAAUAUUUACAAUAAAAAUAAAAGUUCACAAAGUGCUUUAAAGGAGAGCUCUGUAAAAAAAAGUAAUGACAGUGAUGAAAAGUUAGGCAAUUCAAGCAAUUUACUAAAUGGAAAUAAAUACAAAGAUGAAGACUUCUUCACCCUAAAAACAGAGAACAUUUACACUUCAGAAAAUAUGUUUAAUUUUGAAAAUUUAGAAGUUAAAAAUGUAGUUAUAAGCGUACACAAAAUAUACGUCCCCAUUAGUUCUAUAUUCUGUGGAAAUAAUCAUGUCUGUGCAUAUUCAAAUGGAUCUAUAUUUAUGUGGGGCGAACAGAAGCUAGGGCAAACAUCCGUUCCUUUCGAGAACAUCUACUUUGAUAUCUUUAACAAGUCGGAAUUUUCAGAUAGUGACUCAAAUGAUAAUUAUAAAAAAAAAAAAAAUGAAAAAAAGGAAAAUAACAAAAAUAACAAAAAUAAAUUGUCAGAACUUUUAUCUUCUUCCGUAUCUUCAUCGACCACGGAAAGUUACUACUUUAAUAUAAUAGACAAGAAGAAAAUAGUAAAUAUAAAAAAUAAGUUUAACAAGGGUAAACUUUCGUUUUGCAAAAAAAAAUUCAGUUUUAACGUUGAAAAUCCCAUUCAAAAUAGUUUUAACAUAACAAAUAAUGAGAUACUACUCAACAACAAAAAAUUAAAAUUACACUCCAAUUUAAACUCCAUGAAUAAUAUAAAAAGGAAAAAAAUUAACAACAAUUUAGUUCUUCUUCCAAUUCAAGUCUGUAUAUUUAAUUUAUCAUAUAGAGUUAAAAAGAAUGAAAAUAAUGCAAAUAAUAAAAUAACCAGUAUGGAUUCCAUCGAGGCUAAGGACAAGUGCAGUGUACAAAAUUUAAUAAAUUUACAUUGCAAUUUACAUGAUGUGGAAAAUGAUAAUGGCAAUGAUAAUAACAGAAACGUUAAUAAAACCUCGCAAAAAAAAGUAGAACCACAAGAUGGCAAUUUAAAAAGAAAAAACACCUAUAUUAGGAUAUUUGAUUAUCUGGAAACUUUUAUAAAAGCAGAAGUAGUAAACAUCUACAUGAGUCUUUUUAGAAAUGAUAUAAAUAUCUACACCAAUAUCCCGAAUAAUGUUAACAUAAAUCCUUAUAUUUAUGGAAUGAAGUUUUAUGAUUACAACUUUUACGAUGAAAAGUAUAUGAAUGUGCAAGACUACUAUAGUGAAGCGCAUAACAGAAAAGAGUGUACACAUAAGAGUAAUAAAAAAUUGAACGUUUCGAAUGGAAAUGAUUGUAAAAAUGAGUAUGAUGAUUUACAUAAAGAAGGAAAUGAUGAGAAGGGCAGUGAUAAAAAGGAUUACGGCAAUUCGGUAAAUUCACAAAAAAAAAUUGACAUUCUUAAUGUUGAUGAUCCAAAUAAAUUUGUAAAACUAAUGAAAGAAAACGAAACUAUUAAUCCACAGAUUUACGAAUAUAUCGAGAAAGAAGAAACUGUAUGUAUCAAUAUUAAACUAAUCAUCUUUUUAUUUUUAUUCGUAAAAAAAAAGUACAUGACGACUUUCUUGAACAAUAUUUUAAUGGUAUCCAAUGUGUCAUGUGGGGAGGCAAAUACUGUAAUAACGGGCUUUAAAAAAAGCAUAUAUGAUAAAUAUUACCAAUAUAUAAUGAAAAACAUUACUUGCUCAGACAAUUAUAAGCAUAUGGAAAGUGAGAAAAUAAAGUCAAAAAUGAGUACGAACUUUCCUGAAUUCUAUUUCAGCUCAGCAAGUGAAUUAAGCGAUUUCAUAUAUAGAAAUGACAUAUAUGACAUUAAAAAUUACACCAGCGCAAUUGUAAAUUGGGGAGAUAAAUCAUUUGAUGAAUUCAAACUGAUGAAUUCAACCUAUUCGUGUUCCGACACAUCACGUUUAUAUCGUAUGAUAGAAGAAAUACUGGCACACUAUAUGUGCAUCUAUAUAUGUGGCAGGGAUACAAACAAUAACUUAUGUGUUAAUAACAUUAACCAAAGUGUCUACACCUUUACCCGAAUCAGUAAUAACUUUUUUUACUACAAUUUCAAUAAUUUUUUAUUUUUGUACAAGUACAAUUAUUACCUGUAUUAUAUACACAAAAAUAACGUUCAUAUAAGUCAUAAUAGCGACACAACGCAUAUACAGAACAAUCCCCUUACGACUUUUAAAAAUAGAUUUAAUACAUUUGCAAAUAAGGAAAAUAAUACAAAUCUAACAAAUUCAAAAGCUCAAGGUAUUUCUCCAAACCAGUUUAUAAUAAUAAAAAAAAUUGUCUGUAGCAACAUUGUAACAUGUGUGCUUGACAUACACAAUAAUAUAUACAUGGCAGGGGACCUGAAAUACUAUUUUCCUAAUUAUUUUCAACACAUGGCCUAUGGAUCGUCACCUUUUAUUAACAUUAAUUUGAAUAAUACAAAGACCAUAAAGAACAUAUCAAUUAAUGAAAAUAAUAUAUUUCUGAUUUAUGAUGACAAUUCUUUAAAAAUAUUAGGUUAUAAUGAUUACAUUGAUUUUUUCAAAUAUAACCACCCUGUAUUUUUUACUAAUAAGCAUAACCAGAAGCACCGUUAUAAUAUGCUAACAAUACAAAAUUCUGAUUUUUUAGUAAAACAAGUAAGUGUUUGCAAUCUUUGA